AUGUCUCUCGAUCCGACUAAGCUUCCCGAUCCUCCAAUGCCAUCCUAUACUUUUACUGUCUACCAUCGCGAUGUAUUUGAAAAAUCAAAAUUCAAGGACUACGACUCGUUGCAUGAAAAUAGACUUGCUCGAUCUCAUGCUAGAGCAAGUUAUUUAGCUUCGGUUAUUAAAUCUCAAAAUGGUGCAGGUGAGAUGCUUGAGCUGGUCCCAAAAUCAACGGAUACUAUCUACAGGAAUGGUGAGUAUGUCGCGACUUUUUUGAUUGGCACUCAAAUGAUAAAAAACUACUUGUUAAUAGACACCGGAAGUGAUUUAGUUUGGUGGCAAUGUGGACCAUGUGAAGCAUGUUACAAACAAGAUCAACCUCUAUAUGAUUCUACUGCAUCCAAAACAUUUCGAAUUAUAGGUUGUAAUAAAUAUGCUUUAAGGUGCAGGACUGUGGAUCCAGCCUUUCAUUGUAAUCAAGAAAAUUUUGAGUGUAGAUAUGAUUUGGUCUACGGGGAUCAUGUGCAAACAAAAGGUUUCAUAGCGGAUGAUGUGAUUACUUUUAAUUUAGACGACCAUCGAACGAUUAGGAUCACAUUUGGAUGUAGCAAAGAUCAAACUGGUGAAAAAAAUUUCAGUGCUUUCUCUGCUGGGAUUCUUGGCCUUGGUCGUGGCGAUGGUCAAUAUUCUUUACCAUCGCAAUUUAGGGGUCACAUAAUGUCUAUGUGUCUACCAACUUUUAAUUCAGGAAAAGGAUCAGUUCUUAGUUUCCAUACAAGCAAAUGGCCAAGAGCAACAUCAGCAAAACUGUUAUUUAACUAUAGGUUCCCUUCAUUAUAUUAUGUCAACAUUUAUAAAGUUUUUAUUAACAAUCGAGAAGUUCCAGUGAGUCCUUCAUGGUGGAAAUUUAAAUCAGAUAUGGGUGGUGGAAUGUUGGUAGAUACAGGGACAACUUUUACCCUUUUACCUCAUGAUUUUUAUAUCGUAUUCCGUUACUUAUUCAGAGAAGAAGUACGAGAUAUUCCUAUGGCUAAAGAUCCAAGCAAUACUUUCGACACUUGCUAUAAGGAAUAUCCGAGUGGUGGUAACUUAUACUUUCCUGUAGUGAAGUUGUACUUUGGCAGCGUAAACUCGAGUACAAUGUUGCUUCUGACACAAGAACGAGUUAUUGUGAACCAUCGCGGGGUGUACUGCUUGGCUUUUGUUGGAUGGGAUUACGAUUUUUCAAUAUUAGGCAUGACUCAACUCCAAGGAGUAGGAUUAACUUUUGAUAGUUCAGCAAGUACUUUGUCAUUUGACAUAGAUGCAUGUGAUUGA